UUUUAAUACUUCAGCUUAUUUUUAUUUUAAUGCACAACAAAUUCAAGAACGGUUUAUCCCCUUCUUCCUCUCAUUUUCCCGUCUCAAACAAAUUUCUCCGGCUUCGAACAACUUUAAUUUUUCUUAUAUUUCUUACACAAAUGACCAACAUUUUACACUCUGCACCAGUCGGAAAUGAAGAAAAGGGUGCCAUUAAAUCGCCAAGAAGCGAGAUUGUUGCUUACGAGCAUUGGCAUUGUGGAUCUGACGAUUUUGACAAAAGUCUCUCACAUCAAAUGGCAAGAGAACAGUGCCCAAAAAGAAUGUUUGAAGCAGAUCUUUGUUGUGUUGUUCACGAUGCUUGUUAUAUGGACGAAACACGCAAUCGACAAAUCUGCGACGAACAAUUUUGUCAUUGUUUGGAAAGAACAGUUGCUCGUUCACAAAAUUCUAACGGAAACAACAAAACUGUUGAGAUAAAAGAAAAUGGAUGUUUGGAUGUUAGCAGCACUUUUUGCCAUAUUGUUAAUAUAUUUGGGGGUGUUGCUUAUGCUUCUUCUGUUGAUUUAGUUAAUAAACAAAAAGCGGCAAUGGAAGUUUGGGAAAAACAAGAAGCUGAAAAGAAGAAAAAAGCAAAAGAAUUAAUUGAGGCUGAGAAGAAAAAUAAAAGUAAAAAUGUUGGGGAGGAAGCGAAAAAUAAGGGUGAGAAUAAAGAAGCAAACAAAGAUGAAAAGAGUGCAGUUAUUCAUAAAUUUCCAUUGAAGGAUUGUUCAGAUAAAAGACUUGUAGAUUGCAGUGUCCAAUUACAAUCUUGUACCAACAAUUUACAAAACAAAAAAUUGGGAGAUGGGAAUAUCGAAGCUAACGGAAAUUCCUUUGCUUUAUUAUUAAGUGCAAAAUUGGCAGAAUGCACAAACCAAUUUUGUAAAUGUUCUUCUACAAAAUUAUUAACAAAAAUUGAACAAAAUGAUAAAGAAUGUGUUAAUAAUUUGGCUAACAUUUGCGCUCAAUUUUCUGAUGAUUUUGGGGGGAUUUUGGAACAAAAUUUUGAAAAAACUAAAUGUUGGUAA